UACCGGGUGGGCACGGACCGGACGGGCUUCACCUUCAAAUACAGGGAUGAGCUUAAACGGCACUAUAACCUGGGUCAGUACUGGGUAGAGGUGGAGAUGGAAGACUUGGCCAGCUUUGAUGAAGAUCUUGCUGACUAUCUGUACAAGCAACCAGCGGAGCACCUGCAGCUGUUGGAAGAAGCAGCAAAAGAAGUCGCAGAUGAAGUCACCCGUCCUCGUCCUUCAGGGGAGGAAACUCUCCAAGACAUUCAGGUCAUGUUGAGAUCAGAUGCCAAUGCAGCCAACAUCCGCAGCCUGAAGUCUGACCAGAUGUCCCACCUUGUGAAGAUCCCUGGGAUUGUAAUUGCAGCAACCCCUGUGAGAGCCAAAGCCACCAAAAUAGCCAUCCAGUGCCGCAGCUGCCGUAACACCAUCAGCAACAUUGCGGUGCGCCCAGGCCUGGAGGGUUACGCUCUCCCCAGGAAAUGCAACACAGAACAAGCUGGCCGCCCAAAGUGCCCGCUGGACCCCUAUUUCAUCAUGCCGGAUAAGUGCAAGUGCGUGGACUUCCAGGUGCUGAAGCUGCAGGAGUCCCCAGAUGCUGUGCCCCAUGGGGAGAUGCCCCGGCACUUGCAACUGUACUGCGACAGGUACCUGUGUGACAAAGUUGUCCCAGGGAACAGAGUCACUAUAAUGGGCAUCUAUUCCAUCAAGAAGUCUGCCCAGAGCAAGAACAGAAGCCGUGACAAUGUGGGUGUGGGCAUCCGAAGUGCUUAUAUCCGUGUGGUGGGCAUCCAGGUGGACGUGGAGGGCUCAGGACACAGCUUUGCUGGCUCAGUGACCCCUCAAGAAGAGGAGGAACUUCGUCGCCUUGCUGCCAUGCCCAACAUCUAUGAGACUAUUGCCAAGAGCAUCGCACCCUCCAUCUACGGCAGCACUGACAUCAAGAAGGCCAUUGCCUGCCUCUUAUUUGGAGGCUCUCGCAAGAGGCUUCCAGAUGGACUGACCCGCAGAGGCGACAUCAACUUACUGAUGCUGGGUGACCCUGGCACAGCCAAAUCCCAGCUGCUGAAAUUUGUCGAGAAGUGUUCACCCAUUGGGGUGUACACCUCGGGAAAAGGCAGCAGUGCUGCUGGCUUGACGGCCUCGGUGAUCCGCGACCCUUCCUCCAGGAGCUUCUUCAUGGAGGGAGGAGCCAUGGUGCUGGCGGACGGGGGAGUGGUGUGCAUCGAUGAGUUCGAUAAGAUGCGGGAGGAUGACCGCGUGGCCAUCCACGAGGCCAUGGAGCAGCAGACCAUCUCCAUUGCUAAGGCAGGAAUCACAACCACACUGAACUCCCGCUGCUCAGUGCUGGCAGCUGCCAACUCUGUCUUCGGGCGCUGGGACGAGACCAAGGGCGAGGAGAACAUUGAUUUUAUGCCCACUAUCCUGUCCCGAUUUGACAUGAUCUUCAUUGUCAAGGAUGAGCACAACGUGGAGCGAGACAUGACACUGGCCAAGCAUGUGAUGUCCUUACACGUGAGUGCCUUGACACAGACUGAGGCUGUGGAGGGCGAGAUCGAGCUGAACAAGCUGAAGAAGCUCAUCUCCUUCUGUCGGACGAAGUGUGGCCCUCGGCUGUCAGCAGCGGCAGCUGAGAAGCUGAAGAACCGCUACAUCCUGAUGCGGAGUGGCACUCGCCAG